AUGGAAGUCUUUCAGCUGCCAAUCCUACAUGUCGAAGUGCGUGUCAAAAACAACGGAGAUGGCAUCAUCAUUCGCACUGACAUGAUUAGGGAAGAGGUCACAAAAUGGCUAGUUGCCAAUUUCGUCGUUCUCAACCUCGGUCAGGAAAUAUCCUCCUUUGAAGGCCUGAGCGACUCGCAUUCUCAAGUCAUAGACUCUGUGGUCGUCACCGAGUGCUCGGGGCAAGACAUAGGGUCCGGAGCAUAUAGAGUCCAACAGGUUGAACUUGAUGUCCAGGCGUAUCAGCUUCGUGCACCAUUCGAGCAAGAAAGCUCUCAACACACCCAACUUUUGGAGGAAUCCAUAGACGGCAAGGACGAAGAUUCAAAAGCAAGGAUACUGAACUUACCAAGCAGAGAGCUGGAUGGGCUAUGGGAGUCAUUGCAGUUUGACCAGCCGCUUAAGUCUAUGUUGCUUUGUGCAAUCACCAGGAUGGUAUCAUACGCUUCUCGAAAACUCAACAGAUGGACGAUCAACUGGAAUAGAUUGAUUCUUUUGUGGGGACCGCCGGGAACAGGAAAAACAAGCCUAUGUCGUGGCCUCUCGCAGAAACUUGCAAUACGCAUUGGAAAACAUUAUCCCCAGAGUAAGCUGGUUGAAAUAAACGCUCACUCACUUGGCAGCAAGUUCUUUGGUGAAAGCGGGAAGCUGGUAAGCAAGACCUUUGAGAAUAUUGAGUCGUUGCUUGAAGAGGAAGAGGAUACCUUUGUCGCCGUAGUCAUCGACGAGAUAGAAACACUUGCAGCUCGAAGAGAACGCGCGCUGGGCGGGAAUGAGCCAUUCGACGCUGUACGUGCAGUUAAUGCACUUCUCACAGGCUUGGAUAGAUUGAAAACCCAUGCCAAUGUUGUUGUAAUCUGUACGAGCAACUUGGUCACAGCUCUGGACCAAGCUUUCCUCGAUCGGGUCGAUAUCAAGCAGUUCAUUCCGUACCUAUCAAACAGAGCUAUAUACGGAAUAUACAAAGAAUGCCUGGAAGAGUUGAGUCGGUGUGGGAUCAUUGAAGGAACCUCAUUUGAUAUCGUUCAAGUGAAUCCCGAGAAUCCCCAGACUGCACUGCAGUAUGUGGAGCAAGCUACGGAAACUCUACUGCUGCCCACUUUUGAUGAGAUGAUCCUCAAUUAUCAGAUGUUUCCGGACGCUGUUCCCAAACAGCUUGGUGACGCAGCAUUGGAGAGCAUGAACCUCAGUGGGCGGACUGUUCGACGACUACCCGCUUUGUCUUUAGUGUUGUAUGGUAAGAGUGCCCGAUGUAAUACUCGGGAGGCCGUCCAUGCUUUGCGUAUGGGGAUUAUCGUGCCCUUCCGGGGUAUCGCACGGCAGUCCUUGAACAGAGCAUCCACGGUACGCACUUCUCCGAUAUCUGACCGUGCGUCUUCUUCCGCCGCAGGUGCCGAAUCCGCCAGCUCCCCCUUCCACCUCACAGUCACUGCGUCCGUCGCAACCGCCGUCGCCGUCGGAUCCGCCGCCUAUCUCUAUGGACAGGAAGCUUUUGCAUCGACCCCUGCUGAGGAAGGGUUGCACCCUACCAACUACCCUUGGGAACACGCCAAGUGGAACAAGACCUUCGACCAUGCGGCUCUCCGUCGUGGUUUCCAGGUCUACCGUGAAGUCUGCGCUUCCUGCCACUCCUUGACUCGUGUUCCCUGGCGUUCGUUCGUUGGUGUCAUGCACACCGUCGAUGAGAUGAAGGCCAUGGCUGAGGAGAACGAAUACGACACCGAGCCCAACGACCAGGGUGAGAUCGAGAAGCGUCCCGGAAAGCUGUCGGACUACAUCCCUGCUCCCUACAAGAACGAGGAGGCUGCCCGUGCUGCCAACGGUGGUGCUCUGCCCCCUGACCUUAGCUUGAUCGUCAAGGGCCGUCACGGUGGCUGCAACUACAUUUUCAGUCUGUUGACUGGUUACCCUGACGAGCCCCCAGCUGGUGCCACUGUCCAGGAGGGCAUGAACUUCAACCCCUACUUCCCUGGAACCGCUAUUGCCAUGGGUCGUGUCCUCUUCGAUGGUGUUGUUGAGUAUGAGGACGGCACUCCUGCCACCACCUCCCAGAUGGCUAAGGACGUUGUUGAGUUCCUCAACUGGGCUGCCGAGCCUGAGAUGGACGACCGUAAGAAGAUGGGUGUCAAGGCCAUUGCCCUCCUUACCGGUCUCUUCGCUGUCAGCGUCUGGGUUAAGCGUUACAAGUGGUCUCCGAUCAAGACAAGGAAGAUUGUGUACAGCCCCCCUGUCUCCCGGCGCUGA